AUAAAAAUUACCAUAAAGCAAGGAGUACACAGUCCAGACUCAAUCCGAUAAUCCUAUCUUCACACACUAAUUAAUCUUUUACAUUGCCAAAUCUCCCACGGAAGGGUUGAAGGAGAUAUGGAAGGUUCAAUCAAGUGCUCUGCAAACUACGUUCCUUUGACUCCAAUCACCUUCUUGGACCGCGCCGCGGUUAUCUACCCAGACUCUGUCUCCCUUGUCCACGGUGAUGUCAAGUAUACCUGGAAACAGACUCGUCAGAGGUGCGUUCGUCUCGCUUCUGCGCUUGCCCAGCUGGGAAUUGCCCCUCGUCAUGUGGUUGCUGUAUUAGCCCCAAAUGUUCCAGUGAUGUAUGAACUUCAUUUUGGUGUUCCGAUGGCUGGGGCUGUUCUAUGUACACUCAAUAUACGUCAUGAUUCCUCAACGGUGGCAGUGUUAUUGAAGCAUUCAGGAGCCAAAUUCCUUUUUGUAGAUUACGAAUUCCUCCAUAUUGCAGAGGGAGCAUUGAAAAUACUAUCCAACACGAGUGCUAAGCUGCCCCAACUAGUCUUGAUCCCGGAUCAUGAUCGGCAAGUUCCUUCCAGGAGCAACACCAACUCCACAUCUGCAAACUUGGACUAUGACAGUCUAUUAGCAAUGGGGAAACUAGAUUUUGAUAUUAGAAGACCAGAAGAUGAGUGGGAACCCAUCUCGCUUAAUUAUACUUCUGGUACGACAUCAAGCCCAAAAGGUGUUAUUUAUAGCCACCGAGGUGCCUAUCUCAAUUCUCUAGCCACAAUUCUUCUCAAUGAGAUGCCCUCAAUGCCUGUAUAUUUAUGGACUGUUCCUAUGUUUCAUUGCAAUGGAUGGUGUCUUACAUGGGGAGUUGCUGCUCAAGGUGGUACAAAUGUAUGUUUAAGAAAUGUCUCUGCGGGAGGAAUAUUUUCUAAUAUUGCUAAGUACAAGGUGACUCACAUGGGUGGUGCACCUACGGUUUUGAACAUGAUAAUAAAUGCACCAGCUAGCAACCAAAGACGUCUUCCAGGGAAAGUUGUGAUCAUGACGGGAGCCGCACCACCACCACCUCAUGUACUUUUCAAAAUGGAUGAACUGGGAUUUAGAGUGGUUCAUUCAUAUGGCCUGACUGAAACCUAUGGUCCAGGAAUAGUAUGCACUUGGAAACCAGAAUGGGAUUCUCUGCCUCAAGAAGUACAGGCUAAGAUCAAGGCUAGGCAGGGGUUGAAUCAUCUUGGUAUAGAGGAAAUCGAUGUUAAAGAUCCUGUAACUAUGAAGAGUAUGCCACCUGAUGCAAGGAGUAUAGGUGAGGUUAUGUUUAGAGGCAACACUGUCAUGAAUGGAUACCUUAAAAACAUAAAAGCAACGAAGGAUGCUUUUAAUGGUGGAUGGUUCCGAAGUGGGGACUUGGGAGUGAGACACCCUGAUGGUUACAUAGAACUCAAGGACCGGUCCAAGGACAUAAUCAUCUCUGGGGGGGAAAAUAUAAGCUCCAUUGAAGUGGAAUCAGUGCUGUUCAGCCAUCCAGCUGUGCUAGAGGCAGCUGUGGUGGCAAGACCAGAUGAUUACUGGGGGGAGACACCUUGUGCAUUUGUAAAGUUGAAGGAUGGUCACGAAGCCAGUGUUGAUGAAAUUAUCAAAUAUUGUCGAGAUAACUUGCCCCACUACAUGGCUCCUCGAACAGUGGUUUUCCAGGAUUUGCCUAAGACUUCGACUGGAAAGACGCAGAAAUAUGUUCUACGAGAGAAGGCCAAGGCAUUAGGAAGCAUGUCAAACAGUAAGAGCAAAUUGUAGAUCACCUUUAAUGGAAGGUGAGGUCUUUGUGGCAGGUUGAGGUUGGUAUUAUAAAUCCAAAGGUGGAGGCAUCAAUUGUUCACGCUUUUAUUUUAACAGGAUGGAAUUUACACGAAUUUUAUCUGCUUUGAAUUAGAGAGCAGCCAACCAUAAAUUUUAUUUUAAAUUCUUCUAUUAGUCCCUGUAAUUUGUGUAAGUUAUGAAUUUAGUCUUAUAAUUUUCGAAUUGGUCAAUUUUAGUUGACCAAUUUAGUUCAUGUAGUUUUCGAAUUUAGAAAUUUUAGACUUAAUCUAAACAAUAGCAAUUAAAUCUGUUUGGUUAAAUUUAAUUACUAGUCUUAUACUAUACAUACCAUUGUAGUUUUGGUA